AUGACGGCUCACACAAAACAAAAACCCGAGCAGACACUUGGGCGUCUUUGCUUCUCUGACACACGUGACGUACGUCCUGUUUGGCUACACGUUGUCGCCUACGGAGUGGUCGGUCGCAGAGGUUUGCCCCACAAUCAAACUCAUCAUCGACAUCUUCGCCACACCCUGGUAUGUCGAGCCCCCUCCCUUGGCUCCCUUGACUCCCUUGGCUCCCUUGGCUCUUUUGGCGUCUUGCUCGAGUGCCGGGUCACUUGCCACGCCACUCCUCUUGUGACCAACAAAGUCUCAUGGCCUCAUUUCUCCUUGCACCUCAACCAGGCCCACUCUGCUCCCAUCGCGGGAAACCCGCCUUGCUCAAAAGCCAAAACCCCCCAGCAGGCCGCAACCCCUCAGAGCCGCGGCCCGUCUUGCAAAACCAAUCGCCCCAAUUCAGCCCCCGGUGGUUCUCUCCCCACCGCAAAAAUGGAGAGCCGCUCCAAUCCCAUCGAUAUCGUGCAACGGAGCUCAUCCACCACCUCCUUUGACACCGUGGUCAUGAUGGACUCGGUGUCCAGUUCCACCCCUGAUUCUCCCGCUGCGACAGCCUCAACCUCCCUCCCAGUGCCCACCGCCAUCGACGCUCGCAGUCUCCUCGCUUCCCACUCGCCCCACGCUCAAAGCCUGCCCCGGACCCCGCGUCGCAAGGUCCGCGGUGCAUGCCCGCCCACCUCCCAGGGUAUCCUCAGGGUCUCGUCUUCCAUGUCCGACUGCUACAGCAUGACGCCUACUCGUGCCAUGAUGACAAUUGCCGAGGACUGUGCCGUUGACUACGCCUGCACCGACGGACUGGAUGACCCCACUGUGCUCGAAGAACUGCGCCGCAACGCGCACAGCGCCCUCGACGCCCCUCCCCGCCAUGAUUGGCUCAUCACCGAAUUUCGCACCGCCGUCCAACACUUGGCCCGCGACCACGACGCCUCAACCAUGUCCCUCGCACUGCGCGCCCUCACCACUGGCCAAAUCGAGCACGACCUGCACGAACUUGGUCUUCCCAAGCUUGAUACCCCCGAAACUUACGUCCCCGAUCAAGUCAUGACCUUUUUGGAAAACUUUCUCUCCUCCGAAGAUCUUACUCUCCUCCAGGAUGCCGUCGAUGCCCAACUGCCCAACGAUGACCUGGACUCUGGCCUCUCCUCCAAUCAUGUCGGCGUCGUGCCUGGUCUUGAUUGUAAUGAACUUACUGCCAAGCUCAAUGCCCUCGCUUCCCUUCAACUCAGUUUCGACUAAGAGCAACAUGCCCCGCCUGUGCGCCCUUGUCUUGUUAUUUGUUCUUGUUCUUAUUCCGGUUUUACUAUGGCAUCCGAUCAUCGCCAUCAGUUGUUGUUAUACACAUCUUUUAUCCCGCUCGUCUUAGAGAUGCAUCUCGUCUCCUGUUGUCGUCUUACAGUGACGCUCGUGCCCAGUCAACGUCUGGUCCACCCUGAGGAGUGGCCAGACGUGGAUGGAGCCUGCAGCUCGCCCUUGGCCUGUUGUUGUUCUUUCCAUCCCAUGUUUUUCGCUGUCGAUGUCAUGCCGUGUUUCCCCAAACACGCCUGUCCAGUUCAUCCUGGUGUGACGUUGACGCCCGAGCUCUGGGAGCUCGGUAGGCUUUUGAUUUCCUUCCCCCCCCCUGUUGUUUUAUUGUUCUUACUUGCUCUUCACUUGUCAUCUAUUCGCUAGGGUGUGCAGUGUUUCGUACGGAACCCUCCUCCCCUUGCUUUCUACCGUCACACACCUUUACAACCUAUCAAGGGACCCGCGGUCCUGGCCUCUUUAUUCUGUUGCACCAGUCUUUUUACAUAGGCCAUGUUUCGCCAUCAACGCAUUGUUGAUGGUGAAACAAAAGAGAGAAUUGAUCUUGACUCUG